AUGCCUCCUCUGGCCCGUAGAGACCUUACCAUUCCUGCAGCCCUGCGCGCUAUCUCUCGACAAACAGGGCACCGCAUCUCAUGUGAUGAGAAGCGUGCGAAGUCAAGCAUCUCUCAGUUUCGCAGCCACUCCCCUCAACCGUCAUACCUUGCAUCGGAAGCCCGUCUCAGUGGAUACAAAAGUAUAUUUAAGGCGCAAAAUCCACCGAAAGUCCUUUCCAGUAUUGAUGCUUUUCUUCGUCCGAACGAAGAAAAGAAAGAACCCAUCUCCCCGCCAUCAGAGGCGGUCAUAGGCUCGCCAAGGAUGUUUACCAUGAGCCCAAAGUUUGCCAGAAGUAAGGCACUUGGCAUAGAUCCCCGCUCUCUAGCGCCCUCAGACAAUAUUUACUAUAAAGCAGCCGAGUUUCCCAGUCAAAAUGCAGAGUUCUACAGCAAUCAGCCACCACCCAUCACAAGCAGCCUCCCAGAUACAGCAUACAGCAAGGCGGUUCAUCCUCCGACAACCGAGGACGGAAUCCGACGUGUGGGCAGCGUCAUGUCUGUGUUGCGGCCAACAGAUGCGGCUCCCCGACUAGAAAAGGCGCAAGCAGCAGACUUCCUUUUAGAACAACUCAUAGAGAACUCGGUUCAGAUCCUGCACGGGCUCGGACUCAGUAGGAUUUAUGAAGCAAACCAGACCCAAAAUUGGUAUGAAUGUGAGGUAAUUGCAAAAAUGGGUGAUAAGUUUGAAGUGUACUUUCCUGCUAUCAACCAUAAGAAGAUAGUAACAUUGAAGAACCUAAUAUUAAAGCAAAUUACGAUCACACAGGCCUCUGAUGUUACUCUUCCUAUGUUGCCAAACUACAGUUCGCAGAACACCAACUCAAUGGCUGCAAUCACUAAUGCAAUACCCACAGUUCCUGAGGCACAGAGUUUAGCACACGCUCCUUUCUCACCUCCCUCUGAACAGAGAGACAAGGGCACAGUUGCAGACUCCGCACACAUGGCCUCAUUCAGUACACUUGCUGAUAAGCCAGCGGUUGUUCUUCCUCCAAGAAAAAAAUCCAGACCAGCUCCUCACACCGCUAGUUCUGACUCACAUUACCAGUCAGUGCCCAUUACCUUAGAUGAUAUAGCAGAAGCAACAGACUCUCAGCAGAUCAAUCUGUUUGAUGAAUCUUUUGAUAACUCAUCUUUUACCCACGUAAUCACACAACCCUAUGUUCAUGUAACGGUAUCUCCCUGUAUGCCCUGCAUCUCUCUGGAGCCACCUAGCAGUAUGAGCGCAUCGGAAUGCACAGUAAGAAGUGAUAUUCAACCCGCACCAGAGCUUGAGGAGCCCGGCUGUGCUAACCUUUCCGUCAUGGCAGAUAUGCUCAGUGAUCUUAUUAAUGAAAUCACACCAGCGUAUAACACGUCACUAUUUGGGAAGCGCCCCUCCUCCUGUCGACUGAAUAUCACGGACGCUCAAUCUGAUCCCGAUGCAGUCCCUUCAAAUAUGUACAGGGGACAUGCAAAUCAUACUGGUGCUCCAUUUGAUUGCGUAGAGUUGUAUGAGGCCACUGAGCAGCCAAACAACGCUAACACUACUUUUGAGUGUACAGAUUUCCUUGAGCAGGUGCUGAAUAGCGCUAGUCCAGAGGUAAACAAUGACCCCAAGGAGUCAUCUCUUACGGCGAACAUUGUUCUCACCGAUGCUAAAGGCCCACCAGAUAUAUUCCUUUCCAACGACACAACGACUAGCAAGACCGAUCAGUUUGAAAUCACACUUAAGCCAUUGGCUGCACCAAAGGAGCAAGACACACUCUGUACAUAUACCCCCAUACAGCAGCUCCCGCUGACACCCUCAAGGAACAAGCCUACCAGAACCAUUGACUUAGUGUCUCUUCUGGGGAUAACAACGCACACAGAGCUUAUCAAUGUGUUCCUGGAGUGUAUAGAUCACUUCACUCUCAAAGACCGCUUUGCAAUGGCUGUUCGCUAUCUGUCUUCGGAAAUUCUUCACCGCAAGGUCCAAAACCACCAGUAUUUAAGUAUAUUUACCACUUCCAUCAUAGCAGCACUACUGGAGCUACGAUUGCCCCACACAAGCCGUGCAUCAUAUACGAUAGACUGCGUUACGGAUUACCGCGAGGCACAAAUAAGAUUGGAUAAGGUGCGCUUCAAAUGCAACGCCGAUCGCCUCCAGGCACUUCAGAAUCUUGCACACGAAAAAGAGCUGCUUUACAAAAAGCUCUGCCUCACCUUUCAAACUAAGAAUCUGACUACCAGCUCUGCUGUCGAGUUGUGCUCCAUCGGAAUCAAAUCUGCUCAACCUAUCUUAAACCACAUCAGAACGAGCAAGCUAACCCUUCAUCUGGAGUCACUAGAUCCCCCUGCUUUCAACUUCCAGCAGACAAUGGCAGAUGCAGUCAUGGACUACCUGGCCAAUGCACAGACGACUGAUCUUCAAAUCCAGCUUAUUCAAGAGGCCUCUAUCAAUACCUCUUCCCCUAUUCACUGGUGUCACACAUAUCUUGCUAGCUUUUUAUGGAACACAUCCAAAUAUUACCUCACUGCUCAAAACACUUCUAUAGUCAACUACAUGGCACAAACGGCUGCUGAUCGUCGCUUGAUGAUGGAGCGGGGAAUAGCUGCACUAUCUAAUAUCUCGUACCUGAGUGCAGAUCGAGCGAUGUUUCUACUUUUCCGACAACUUACAGCUACCAUCGAAGACUAUAUCGGAUAUCUGACGCUUACGCCGGAUCUCCUUUUGGUGACUGGGAUUCCGUUUUACCCAAAGGUCUCGCCGGAUAUUUUAGGGUCCAUUGUUUUCACAGAAGACUCUGAACAAAGGGAAAAGCGACUAGUAACGGAAAAUGGCGUCUCCCUUGAUCCUGAUCAAAAGGUAGUGAUGUUCGACGGAUACUCUCUCAAGAAAAGACUUGGCUACCGGUUUUUUCCCGAGGUGCAGAUGGCAGCAAACAACACGGCCCACGGACAUUCGGUUCCACUAACUAACAUCAUCAACGAUACACCGGCGCGCUCGCUCUUCAUCAGAAUUGAAAAGGGCAUCAAUUUCAUGCAGAAACUAGACUUUUAUCUAACAAACUCCUUCAUUCUCCUCUUUGAGAUCCUAAUUCCAUACAUUCAAGAGACGCUGCUAAGUAAUUAUGACCAGAAAAUGCAAAGAAGUCUUGAGAAGAUGAUUAAGAUGGAAAAGAUUAACAGCAAGCGGCAAAAGCUGCCCGAUGAGACCAUUGAGAAAUUGGCUAUCCAGGCGCAGAGUUCCCUGAAACACGGAUAUGUAGAACUGGAAAAGCAAAUAGAGGUAUACAUAUAUAGACUUUUCAACAAGGUUUUCGAGGAUACAGUUUUUCCACUGUGGUUAGGGCUAAUUCAUAGCUUGUUGCACAGUAUUGAUGUACCAGAGAAAUGUGAUAGAUAUGCUCUUCAUAGCGGUACAAGUGCAAUGUCAGAAGAGGUGGCAUCAAUACAACAGCACCACGAACAUUGUAGUGCAGACGCGACCACCCUUGAUGCUCUUACAAAGAACAUGAAGGGCUCCACAGGGUCAGGAAUCGACGAAAGCACUCUCCGUGCCACAGAUCUUUGCACUGAGCGCACGGCAUCAUUUUUGCAGAUGCCUGAAUCAGUAGAACUGGAUUCAGACUCGGCGCCUUCUUCAGUACUGGUAAGUGGGAUGAAUGUGGACGCAGACAACCUCCUACUCUCACACGUUUCCGCAAUGCGUGGAUGCAAUUUAUCUUCCUCACUUCAAAGUGGGCCAUUGGUGCUUACUAAGUUAUUUACCCCAGAGAUCGCCAACUUUUUUCUACAACUGCAGGAGAAGUUUGCUAAUAUAAAGCAGAAAUACCAGCAGGUGUCUAGCAUACUAUUCACCACUCCUUACACCCGGCCAAUCUUCGAAAGCUUAGAUUUGGAUCUAAACUACUUUCAAGCAGAUAUGGCGCAAAACUCUUUGGACACGGCCAAGGAGUCAAUAGAGCAUAUUCUUAACGUGCUUUCAACGCUGGUAAUACAUGUUAUCUUUGAAACGAACAGCUAUGGGCUCAUCAGUAAUAUCGCUUUCGAUCCAUCUUCGGACUCUAUUUAUUCCGGUUUACUCUGCUUUAUCUUUGAUUUGGUGGACUUUUACUCGGCCACACCGACCCUCGUGAACGUCCUCCUCAAUCGCCGGGUCAAUGCGCAGGUAGACAUUGUUGACCUCAUAGCAGACUCAGCUGGAAUGGGUGUCAAGCGGCCUCAUGUAAGGGGUGGCAGGGAACAUGCAGUGUCAGAAGCAAUCCAGGGACCAACGUACCUAUAUGAUAACGAGCCUGCACUUGAUAACGAUCAGCUUGUCUCACGAAGUGUUAUUGGCAUGAACACGACACUGCUGAGACCGCUGGUGAGUCCCGACACGAAAGAUAUGUCUGCAAACUCCUAUCUCGAUGUGGCAAAAGAUGUGGUAGACUCCUUUGUAAUCGAAAACUGGAAUAUCUUCAAGCGAGAAUCAGUCUAUUCUGAAUACAUCAAAAUGUUUUUUGAUUUGGACAUAACUUCUUGCACACAGAGCUAUCAGCUGCAUUCCUCUCAGCCCCCAUGCGCUUCAAAGAACCCCAAAAAGGCUCCUGUCCAUGCACAAAAUGCUUCUGCUAUAGAUCCUUUUGAAACUGCUGAUCUAAAAAUCCCUCAUGCAAUUACAAAACGAAAGCGGCAGCUAUCUCGUGUAACCAGUCGAUUGCGCAACGAUCCGCCAGCUAGUGGCCUCAAGCUGAUGAGCGUAGCAAAGCUAGCCCUCACAAACAUGUCUAUCUACUUAAAAUCACUACAGAACGACUUCUCGACAUUCUAUCACGCCAAUCUUUUGGCACUACGGGAUCUAUUUAAUGAAGCCUAUCUCUUUCCGCGCGAAGUCUACACAGGUUCUAAAACCAUGCUGUCUCUCUAUUCACUAUUCAGAUCUAAGCUCAAGGCUCUAAGGAAGAAUCAUACCAAACAGAUCAAUGGUAGGCUGGCCAAAGAACUAGGGCUGUCCACAGAUGUCAAGGACGACGUCGAGAGUAGAAAAAUACCAAUAGAAGAUAUGGUUGCUUCUGCUGAGGUCGUCGUUUCGGAAACGGGUGCUGUCUCUCAUCCCUCCAUUGAUUCCUCACACUUUUACCUCGACGAAACCUCUUGUAGAGAUUACUUUCUACCUAUACACCACCCCAUUGCUUCCUACCUACAGGGUGACAUGAUGGAUAAGUUCCUAUUUACAACAGAGCCUGCCGAGCACUCAUCACGGAAAUACGAGGAAGAGCUUCGUAAAUCUGUCGCAGCGAACCGUACUGGGGCCUGCCAUGCACGAAAUCUUAUCUUUGACGAACUUCUACUCUUCACUGGAUACCUGCGGCAGCCUGCAGUUGUGACUGCUCUUUGCCAAUUCUAUAUCCCAGGCGACAAGCCGCCAGAGCUUCUGUCUAAACAUAUUAUCGAUAUUACCAAUACAUCCUCUAUCAUCACACGUAUUCUAAGCAACAUCUACGGCUUGUCUGAAAGCUAUUAUGCCGUGACUGCUUUGCCUCCGGUUUGUUUCUACGGUACCAUUAAGAUUGAUUACAGCAAUUAUUUGGCAACGGUCGCCCGACAGGCUCAUGAGCUCUAUGUACUCUAUCUAAAUCGACUUGACGACUAUUGCAGACUAAUACACGAAUGUGGUGUAACAUGUAUAGAAUAUAUUACAAAGAACUUAAUGAACACGCAUUUCGAUUCGGCAGCUUCUCUUGGCGCGGUCUACUUUAUUUUCAAGAACUUUGCCACAUUCUAUCCUAAAUGGCGCGAUUACUAUGCAUGGUUUAACGAUGUCUCUGUCUGCCUGGGAAAUAUGAUAAUUGAUGGCAGGAGAGCUGCUCUUCUGAAUGAGAAGCUCUUAUACUAUCGCACGCAAGGGUCACUUAUGCUCAUGAAGACAUUUAAAUCCAUGGAAAAUCGGUCACAAUCGAUUUCACAGUGCUAUCAGAAACUUAUAAGCCAACUGACGCUCAUAGAUAACUGGGUUCUCAGUACUCAGGACGCCCUCUUUCAGAGAAUACGGGAGUACAUACGCCUCAAUACUCAGGCUAUCGCCCUGUGUGAUGAGGCACCCGCCAAGUUUGCGCAGCAGUACGAGACAUUCACCAGAAACUUUGUCUUUCCACGCGCUGUCCGCAAUCUUCACGACAAGGGCGACCUUCUGGAUAUAACAGCUGUCCUUAAGUCAAUUGAUUCCGCCACGUGCUUACCAUUUUUAUCCAGCCUCUCGGACUGUUUAAGAAGACGCGAGCCCUCAAUUCUGCAGCUCUUCCACAGGGAUACCGACGCCUCUGGUAUCCCUAUUUUUCGCUCUGUUGACUUUCCGGCGGCGUUUACCGAGUGCGAGGACAUAGCGCAUCAUUUAAUUCUCCUGUGCGAAGCCCUAAUUAGGACGAGGAAAGACGCCCUUGCUCUUAACAUGUAUCCGUACAACGAUAAGACUCUGUUUCCGACUGAUAAGGCAAUACUGGACGCAAUAACGGAGGAUAGAAAUCUGUCGGCUAUAGAUGCAGUCAUAUUCUACGACAAAGACGUUGACACAGCAAAAACACGUACAGCACGACGGGACUACUUUCUCAAGCAGUUGCUGGACCCCGGGGAGUCUCUUAAACUUUCUUCGAGCACGGUGGAUGCAAUACUCCACCCCAGCACUCAGCAGGGGCCAGUACUUACUCGCUUAAGAAAUCUCUUGCCUCUUCUCUUUCUUAUCAACAAGCUUGUGGCUCUCUACUUCGACUUUCUGAGUAACUUUGAGCAAUGGAUGAAUUGCACGAUAGGCCGCCUUAGCCUGUCCGACGUCAAAAACUUUGUGGUGCAGGUAGUAAUAACCGCCACGAUUAUUCUUGAAACUCUUAGGGAUAGCGUGCCCAUCUCUGAACUGGCCAGGACUCUCCUUCAAUUCAUCACUAAAAAGCGGUCUCAGCUCCAAUUAUUUUUCAUACUGAAGUCGAGCCUUUACAAGAUCAACUUUAUUCAGUCACCUAACGCAGCUAGGAACGUUUGCCUUAGCUCCUUUGAGGCCAUGGAGGUUGUCACCAACAGGCUGCUACUGCUCAGCGACCUGGAGCCCCUGCGGACAAACGAAUUGGGUCAGCUCCUCGGUAUUAUUCAAGCAAACAUAGAUGAGUUCCUUUGCAUUGACCCGCGAGAUCUACAUGUAGUGGAUUUUUACGUCCGAGAUCUGUUGAAAUAUAAUCGGUCUAAAUAUUCUGAUGAAACAAAGGUGAAAAUAUUUUUGGAGAUAGUGAGCAAUCACGAAUGUUCCAUUAUGAGGUCCUACCGGAUAGGCCUGCACCGAAUUCGUGCGGAGCGAUUUCAAUACAUCCAGUCCUCUUUGAUUCAGCGAGCAUUAGCAAACAAGGAAAAUAGAGUCAAUCCAGAUGAAAGGCUCGAGUUUCCUUGCCACUUUCUCGUCUCCAGAACGGGAGGGUUCGUUUUGGAGACGACCGUUCUGCAACCACAAGUCCUAGAGGUUGUCAGUAAGUAUGCAUCCACCAGUGAUCAAGGCACAACGCAGACGGCCGAGAAGCUACCAGCAGCGAGUCGCAAGGCCCUCUAUUCCUUUCACUCUGAAGAGCUGAGUGGGAAACUUCAGGACUUAACAAAAGUCAGUAUGUCAGACACGCUCGACGCUAGUCUAGAGAUGUAUGAAGAGGGCAGAGAUACUGACUCUGCCAAGACAGUGGAGCCCGAUGAAAAGCUCACUAUGACGGCAGCCCUGGCCCAGAAGGAGGGCAUUGUGAUACGGGGCCCGAUACGCAACGCAGCCAUCAACGCUUCUCAAUGCUUCUCUACAGGAAUAUUUUAUGAAGCUUGUACUUUUGGAUAUCUAGCUUAUCAAUACUUUGGCCUUUUUGUCCUUGAUCAGGAUGAAAAAGACAACAAGCAGCCAAAUGUGGAUCUCGGUAAGUCAUCUAGAAAGUGUGGUAAUAACAUAGCUGCAGAAACUCGCCGCUACAAUUCGUCGCUGGACCGGAUUAAGCUUCUAGGGUCUGACGAGCCAGUUAUUUAUUCACGCGUCAGUGCUGAUUAUUCGCCUCUUAAUUCUGUGUACUUGAAGCAAAACUAUCCGAGCUUUCUGGAUAAGUCACACUUUCUAUCCUUGUGCUACCAUGCCGAUUUCACUCUUGUGGGCGACAAACGCGGGAAGCUUCUCUUUCUUGAAAAGAAGCUUACCAUUAAGGUGCCGCGUAAGCUCUUUGAGCUGGACUCACAGCUGCAGUAUGACCUUUUAGGCCUCCAGGGACCGCUUAGUCACACGACUGAGCAGCGGCCUGCUGCCCCGACUUGCAUGGCUUUAAAAAGGCUCACAAUUAUUCCUGAUAUCAAUCUGCACAUCUUCACAAUUCUCUGUGCUGUCCUUCAGAAUUAUGUGACGUUUGACUCUCUCGCAUCCCAUCUGUUCGAUCUGGACGCAAUUCAUCAGCUUGUGUCACUGCAGUGGCGGGUGUAUCUUCUGAUGAGCAGAUGCAUUUUUAUUAUCUCAUAUGUCAGGGCCCACGCAAAUAAGCUUUUUUACUAUGUCGAUAUGCAGACCAUUUGUCUGCAAGCUAGAGGCUUGCCCGUUCUAGUGCCAGCUGUGCACACUAGAGCAGUGACCCACAAAUUCUUAACGUUACUAUACAAGACACAAACCCUGCUCAGUACAGCCCAAUCCAAUGGAGCGACGAUGAGCAAUAUCGCCUCUCGAAAGGUACUCAGAGACACCAUCUUUGCGCAGAUAAAGGACCUUAUUGAGUUUGAGGGCGAAAUAGUCGCCGCAAACAUGCCAUUUCUACAGCAUUCGGGGACCCUCCGAGACAGUGCUAAUUUUCCAGAUAGCUACAUGCUAUCGCGUCAAUUUCUUGUCAGCUCCUUUAUUGAAUCAAUCAUAUAUGAUAACUUUUACUCUCCUGUCAUAUGCUCUGCAGAUAAGCUCACAGAAUGCAAGGGAGCCGUUGUUUGUUCGCUCCCCGCAAGAGUCAUAACUGCAUGCAGCACUGUUCUAUCCAACUUCGGAUUUCACAGGAUGCAGUUUGUGAUUUACAAGAUUGUUUCCCUGACGAAUAGUCGUUCAUUCUACAUUUUCGCUGGCGUUCUUUUCGGUAUGGAUUUGCAUGAGGCCUCUGGGCGCCAGCAGGAAUAUCUUCGCUUUUGCAUGCCAAUCUUACUGGAUAGGCUUCCACAUUGUUUCACCAUAUUGACAUACUCUAUGCUGCAAACGACCAUUUCUGCGUCUCUCUCCUGGUAUGUGCAAUACUACUCGGACAUACUUGCCAAUGACGCACUCAAUUGCGACAUAGCAUUGUGCAUUCUUCGGAGCAUACCUUUGGCCACUGGAGUUCUGGCCAUUCUCAGGCUUUUCCACGUCCUGGUCUCCGAUUCAACUAAGCCGGGUGUCAAUAGUUUGGAGAAGCUGAAAACUUUGAGGUCCGCUCUCGCAACUCUUACGUAUGUCUUAAGCAUCCUUCUUCGGUAUCAGAUUAUCACUGUUCCCUCUACAUACAUGAGCCUUGUGCAUCGCUCUGUUUGCAUUAGCAUUGAUAAGUACCUUGAUCCAUCCACUAGCGUUUGCUGUCACACCCAUUUCACUAUAGACUUUGAGGCACUUGAGGAGCAGUUUCCAUAUAACCACCAGCGCCAUGACAUGCCGAUAACCAAGGCGGUUACCUUUGAGCAGCAUGCACCCACUGAGGACUCGUACACGAUACCGUGUUUCGAUAUGCUCCACGGCUCCCUGUCCAAAGACUUCAAACGAGAGGCCCAGAAAGAUUAUAUGGCUGCGCUUUUGCACUACAAUAAGCACCACAUAAAGCACGCAACUAUUCUGGGACCAUGCACAGUGCUUCCAUUCAGCUACCUAUACAUUAAAGAUACUUCUCCCCUCGAAGUGCAGAUAUCUUCUAUUUUGCAGGAAACUUUCACUAGCGUUCGAUAUAGGCUCUUUAGAGACAUCCUUAUUUCGCUUUCCAAUACCUUAUCUGAUAUAAUUGAGGACUGUGUAGAGACUCCGCCAGUGCUAACUCUGCCACCUAGCGAGAAACAGAUCCAACCACCUGACACUGCGUCUCCAACAGUUAAUCCUUAUGUAUCACACGGCUUUGUCACGAGCAUCUUUGUGUCUGGUGGUGAUGAGUCUCUUUUUCGGCUUCUUGAUGAUUUUAAUAUUUUUGCUUUUCAAUUGCUUGGAGACUACUUACACACGUACAACCGUGACUUUAUCACUAGUAUGCGCUUCUUCCAAACCCGUGCUUCAUUUUUGGGAACUCAACAGGCGUUCACACCCAUGCGUGUAUACUCUGGGGUAACGCCUGUCUGUGCCUAUAAAGGCCACGUUUUUCUGGAUGCUUCCUUUCCAGACGGCAUGUUUGCUGAGUUUUCAACACUACCAAUCUACUCCGAAAUAUUGGACAAGCUUUUAUUUUACAAGUUAUUGUUUAUUGUUUCUCCUAUCAAUGAUGGCCCAGCGUGUAACUCACCUCUCAAGUCCUUUUUCAGCGCUUAUGUACCACUUAUUACUGGGCAUCCUGUGGUAUUCGACCAGCCAUGCUUGGUAGAUGAGUUCUCCAUCGAAUCAAUGACAGAUAAAGAGGCUACGUACUUUAGGUCGCUCCUAUGCAUGUUGGUGCUCGGUGCUAUCAUAGUAAUCACAAGUGAGGUUGCUACGAGACAUAACUGGGCUACCUAUAUGCGCCUGCACGAAGAAAGGGUUCGGCAGGACCUUCCAGGCAGCCUAGUCUUCAUUCUUCCUGGCCUGGUAAAAACAUAUCAUGAACACAAUAUAGAGGAACCUAUGUACGUGCUCGCCGAGAAGGCGCUUAGCAUUUUAGCCCUUUACGGGUUGGGUCAGGAGUCCAACCACUUAAUUCGGUAUCGAGACGGUUUUGUCGGCACAGACAAAGUUCAGCAAUAUGUGCAUGACACAGAUCUCUCUAUCAAAAUAGAACGGCUGGCUGCAAAGUUCUCUCAGCUGUCUGUUGGGAGUCAGAGCUUGUCAAACGCCAUGCUCAGAUCAGUUUUCUCUAACACACCUAACGUGUUGUCUGCAGCCCCUCUACCUUACUUACUGCGUAAUUACUUGUUGCUUAUUGCUGGCACUUUAGACGAUUCUGAGGCUCGUAUGGUUUUGACAGCCGUGUUUGUAUCCACCUUUGGCACUUCUCUGCUUGACAAAGAUGAGUCAGGGCAAGAUGCGAUGGCCUUCCUCACUGAGUUGACAGAGCGAUAUGCAGCUUCGAGUUAUUACUUUUUGGACUCUGACAUGAAAGAAGUACCUGCUUCUGCAAAUCCACCCAUGACCUAUACUGUACCGUUUGCUCUAAUGUUUUCCUAUGCAUUUUCAAGCUUGCAAUAUAUUAGAGCCUCGCACACUGAGCUCCGAUUCUUCUCGGAACCGGCAUGUCUAACAGAAUCAGAGAAGCGGCUUAAUCAGGAGUUUCAUCUGAGCACUUCUAAUAUGAGACUCUGCGGACUUCUUUCCGAGUUCUAUCUACAGUUCUUUGGCAGAGAUAUUCUAGCAACUUUCCCCUUUUCGACUACAGGCUUUUAUUUUCUUUUCAAUUUAGUUUACAUUAUUCUAUUAAUACUAACCCAAUCUGUUUCUAUUGGACCAAUUGGUCUUCAUGUUAUAGACUUACCUCUUUGCAACACUCUUUAUGGAAUGGUUACUGCUGCGAUUAGAUACCUCGUCUCGGAUAUAAUAAUCAUGGAAUUAAGGUUUCAGAACCAGUGUAGGUUUGCUAGCAAGCGCCUCAACAUUGCCGAUCCGGUUGAGGGCGAGGAGUCUAGCAUCUCCCAUCCAUCAUUCGUGGAGGUAACCGAUGUGUCUCAAAUUACAGAUGUAGCGACAGGAAGGGUAACAUAUAGGCCUUACACAAUAUACUUUAUGGCCUUAAAAGUGAUUAAUCCCACUCAAGAUACAACAAUGCUGUAUGAAAUUUUGCUGUCAGCUCCACGACCCUCAACGACUGCCAUUGUCAUCAUGUCACCAUGUCUACGGCUAUUGCAGUCCUUCACAGGGUAUCACCUUCACUCUCAGCAUUCUCUGCUCAAUCCCAAACUUCUCCUCCAAUAUCAGACCCGCGAAAUAAGAUACUAUCAUACAUUCAAGCUGUCUUCAAUCAGUACUUCGGAGAGCACAGACGUCUCCUAUUCGCAAUUCGAGGAUCUGAUCACGAGCUUUUCCAUAACACAGUUGCAGCGGUUAAUGCAGAUGAAGGCGAUGCGCUUCUUUAUUCAGCUCUCCCCGCUCGUGCUUGCGUUCUGUGCUGACGCCUGUCUUCUAACCGAGCCUCGAGAUUACUACGCUGCAUACUGUAAUUUUGUCUAUCUCUGCUCUAAGUAUUGUAUUAUUACCGUUGUACCAGUGAUUCAAAAUGGGUUUGAAACAGCAAGCCUUUAUGGUCGCUGGGAGACAUCCGAUCCUUGCUCAAAUUCGAUAUCAGAUCUUGAACGGCUUCUUGGCUCUAGAAUGAAGGGAAAGGAGCAGGCUACACCGCAGGCUACCGUAUAUGAAGCCCAGACAUCCACUAAAGACUUUGAGCAGCUUGCUUCUUCGAUAGUCGGAAGUGCCGUCACAACCUUCCCUGGAGCGAUGUCUACAUGUGACAGUGCCAUAGACAAAUGUAUGGCAACAUCGUUCAUGCACCACACUGCGCAGGGCUCUGUCACUGAGCAGGGACACGCCGACAUCAAAAGGCCCAAAGAGAACAACGUCUUCGAGCUCUUCAACAUUUCUCAGAACAAGCUCCUAUGUACAAUGCCCAUCCCACAUGAUUCAGUUAGGCAGUGUCUUAUAUUUUCUCAGCUAGAAAUAAGAUGCAACCCUGCCUUCUUUACAUGCUUCACUUACUGCAAUCAGAACUACUCUGAGUUAGUGGCAAAGCUGGCGCUUAUCAUCUUUGGACUUGCAUUCUCCGCUUGCAAGCUUAAGACUAUAGUUCCAGCGGGAUCUAAUUCAGAGGUAUUCAGACGGAUGUCUGCGUUCUUAGCCUCGUCCCUGAACAUUGAUGACCUGUAUAGCGACUCACAAGAUGUUUUGUUCGACUUUCACGAGCAGGCCUAUAAACAGUGCAGAGAAGCAUUGCUUAUGGAUGGGCCUCAAACUGCAUAUUCCGUCUUCCUCUCGCGCUACUUCCUUAGCACAAAUGACGAGGAAUCACUCACCGACACAAACGAGGCAUAUAGCACGGCUUAUAAUGAAACUCACGGAGCCAUUUCAGUAGACAGGUAUGUCUAUGUCCGUAUUCUUAACAGCAUGCUUCCAACGGCACAGACCAUCGCUGCAAAAGGUGAUGCGUUCCUUUACAGCUUGCUUCUUCCUUCGUUUUCAAUGGAACCCAUGACCUAUGAGGGGCUUCGAUUGGUUGAGGAGACUAUUUCUCGGUUUUCGGACGGAGAUUUCGACACUCUUCUCACACUGCUCAAUUUUAGCACAGUGUAUCUACACUUCACCCCAGCGCUCUACCCCAAACGGUAUAUCCUGCACCAAGGCACAACUAAGCGUCCAUCUUCAACACUAUACAGUCCUGUUGGAGUGCAAGAAGAUCGUCCUGGUCCGUUCAAUGAAAUUGUGGAUGUGGGAUAUCUGACUGCAUAUCCUAUAAGUAGCUAUGAUGCUGAGUUAAGGAUGCUAGCCUUAUCCAUCGUUGCAGCUAUGUUUUGCAAGAUACCUGUUGUUCUUUUCAGUGUCUUCUCACCAAUAUUUAACCAAUCCGCGUUGCGUGCCGCCACUGCGCUAUUUGAAGAGGACACGUCUGUUCUCAUACAGGAUGAUAAGUAUAGAGAAAAUAUGCAACUCCAAACAUCAGCAGACGAGCAUAUAAAAUUUGGCACCUUUUCAUAUAACACGUAUCUAAUUCAUAGUGUUUGCACUGAUGCUGACCUGAUCCAGCUUCUCGCUCGCCUACGGUCCAUGUGCCAGUUUGUUUCAUGUAACUCCCAGACCUAUCUGGUUUCGCCAUGUAGACUCAUAGUCCUCAUCAGAGCACAUGCUUCUUUUCUAUAUUACCCAACCCUCCUCACACUACUUGGUCAGAAAGUUCAAAUGAUCGAUAACACUGGAGUCAUGCAACUAGUUACUCUGCGCAAUAUCCUCUUCUUGGUUGAUGUUGCUCACGGGCCUCCAAAGGAUAUGUUAAGGAUUUACCAGGUCUCACACCUAUACACAGUUCGCACAGAUGUGUCACUUCCCAGAACGCGGCGUGAUAGACUCUGCACACAAGGAAAGCAUUAUGGGCACUAUCUCCUGGCAAAGAUCUUUGGGUUCCGUGCUGUCAGUCGGCAGCUGGAGAACUUUCUCCUUGACCGAAACUUUAUGUACACAGAGCGUAUUUCUGCUUCGAUAAGCACAAUUUGGCUUAUGGAACAAUAUUAUGGUGUGUCACGAAGCAACGACCACACACUUAACGAUACUAUUUCUGCCAUAAUCUACAAUUCAAUAGAACAAGCCGCCACUCAAUAUCAUGAACAAUAUCCAGAAAUUUAUAGUGCACUCUAUGGUGCCACGACUAAACAGAGGUUGAUGUUAAAAUUAGCUGAUGCGCCAGCUGCUUCCAGUACGCUAGAAGCGCUUACUUGCAGACAGCUUCUCACGCACACACCUGGUCAGGGCGUGCUCCUCAAGCAAUUGAUUGAUGCCUUCAACAUAAACCUCUUGAAGAUCCUGAUUAAUCGAAGUCUUUAUUCCCAUUUCAUGAACGAGUACGCUGAGCGAGUUGGCGGUCGAAAGAACCGAAAAAGUCGGCAACACACGACCGCCAGACAAGCUUCUGCAAUCUCUAGAAAAUCGGGUGCAUCCCGUAGUUGCUGUGGCUCUCGGGCGUCAUCGUUGACUGUUCUGGAAGAAACUAUUGAAGAAGGAACUUUCUUCACACCAACAAUCGAUCUAAGUUACUAUCAAUCUGUGAAAUCUAAGCGGUUAGAGGAUAAGUCUGAUGGACCAAGCAGUAAAAACAGUGACUCGUUUGAUACCACCUCCACAUCGGCAGCUGCAAUUUCACCUAGAGAUCAGAGGGCCUCUGACAUCAAAUCAUCUCAGGUUCCAUCUCUUAGUGUUAAGUGGCUCAAGCCACCUAUGGUGCAGCAGAACCCUGAGGUAGAUGAGCACACAGAGAGCGCAGUAAAGCUGCCUGCUGUUGUAUCGUCCCUUCUUAAUAAGGACGUUGGUACCAAAUACUUAGCCAAACUGAGUAGCCUCACAGGGCAAGACUAUUUCGGAGUCCACACAAUGGAGCUAAGGAACAUUUUGGCAGAGGCUCACCUUUCUCCCAUGCACAUACCGACCACCCUGUUUGUCCCUUCAGGGCUUCUUAGCUACGCUGAUUUUAUCCUUCUAGCUAAGUCUUUACCUGGUGUUCUUGAUGCUCUCCCGAUAGACAGUCGUGUUCACCCAGUAGACAAAGACUCCAUUUUAUUGGUCGAUAUAGCUGCUGCUUGCGGAUUAACAGAUAGGGCACUUCCACCAGUACUCCAAACAAUGAGCGUUACCGAUAGAUUUCUCACGGCCCUAAGGGCAGCUACGUGUGCGGCGAUGGGUAUGCCUCCAUCUGCGGCAUAUCCUCGAAUCUUUGAACGCUUCAAGAAGCAAGCAUUUUCGGGCAUAGGAUCCAGUUUGGAAUCUCCGCUUUACCUACCUAGUGGACGCUUAUCAGAUACGACUAUCAUGCCGCAGCACAUUCUGUCUACACACCCUCUCCUGGCUAUACCGCGAUGGCACUUUCACAUAAACAUCCAGACACAAACCCUUAUUCAGUAUAAAACAUCCAUGCGAACAAGGACCGAAUUUCACCCCGAAUACGUCCCAUAUAACAAAUAUCCCCAUCAAUUUAAUACCGUUAUUUUGGCAAUCCCUCUCAGCCUUGCAGUGAGUUGCAAUCUCCUCACUAUGGUUGCUAACUUCCUUUAUCCGGGGUCGGGAGAAAACAGCUGGAUAAACAGGGAAGAUCAAAGUGAUUUUCUAUCCGACUUCAGCUCCAUUUCUAAACUCGGAUUGGUCACCACAAGAACAUAUUUAUGUUUUGUGAGCUGUACCAUGCAAGUGAUUAUAUUCGACAACUACUGUUUGCAAGCUGCUGUGCGCAAGGACAUUCUUGCCAUACUCCCACCUCAUUUGGACGUAGUGCACUUUCAUGCAGGCUUAAGCAUGCACAAAGAUAUUGCUUCCAUAACACAAAGUCCGUUGAUGCAGCACAGGCUGUCAAUUCCCAUCCUGGCUUUGCCACCAACAGCCACUAUAACAACCCAGCAGAAAACGGUGGAGAUAUCGGAACAGUUGGCUGAAAUGCGUGUAUACAUUGUAGCAUAUUAUCUAUAUGACACGCUGGUGACACAGUUUUCAAGUUUCUCCAUUCCAUUCAGCAAUAGCGUCGAAUCUUCGGGUGAACUGGACACCGAACACGCCAACAUGGAUGUCAAUCAAAGGACUCUGACAGCCUACUCUGCUCAGCGUAGCACCAAAGACUCAACAUUGCACUCGGACGAGUCUUCAAAUUACGUGGACUCGGAGAUCAGAAGCCUGCGUUUACCUUCACUCUUGUCCUGUCCAUCCUCUGCGAGGUCCAAGCGCUCUGUACACAAUGAUUUUCAAGAUAAGUAUAAGCACGCUGCUACUGUGUCUGGAAUCCACGCUAGAUCGAUCAAAUCUAUUUCUAAGUUUAUCCCAUAUUCAAACAUUAACGAUUUUAUCCUGAUAGUACGCCAUGUAUACCGAAACUUGAGAAGCUACUAUGCUUCUAAGUUGCAUGACAUAUCUCUCUUUCAGCAGCAAUCUGUCAAUUUAACAAAGCUAGCAAAGCAUGGAAGCAUACAAACACAGGAGACAUUAACAAGAACUGCGGAAAAUAUCGCGCAAUUUGCAGCAACUAUUGUCCCAGAAGAAGACUUAGAUGAGGAGAAAUACAAGGAGUCAACAAAGGCACUCCACGAAGCAGAGAAAAGGCUUGCAACAAUUACGCAAGAACUUACUGAUGCUGAAGCGAAGGUGAAGACUCAAAAAGAGAAGCUGAAGAAUAGCAUAGAGGGAAGUUGCGCUGCUGUCAUGUACUUUGGAGACUCUAAGCUUGCCAGCUAUGUGAAGGCGUUGCUGGCAGACCCGGCCAAAUACCGCAACUUUGCUGAAUUGCUACAUAGAAUCCCGGUCAUUUCUUCUGCAGUGGAGACUGUCAGUAUUACUCCAUGUGCUGCCUUACCCAUUGCUGACUUUUGGAACAUUGUUGCAGCUGAGGUUUUCAGCUCAUGUGAGCGCCUCUAUUCCCUCUUGGUUGGCUUCGACCAAGAAAGGGAUGUGCUGGACCCCAUAACCACGAUAGAUAGCUCUGCAUUUAACGGCAUUGAGACGAUCGUCUUCACUUGGUAUAUGGAAACCAUAGAAUACAGACGCUUUAAGGACGAAUGUGUUGCUCAGUUCAAGCUGGAAGAGCUACGGAAUAACCACGUUAACCAGCAACACAUCGUCUCAACCCUUGCAGCAGAAAAUAGAUUGCUUCAACAGACCUGCCAAAAUACAGAUAAAGCACGCAACAUCAGCAGUUCUCAGUUGGAUCUUCUAGAAGCUCAGCUGUGCGACCUUAAGGAGUUGUUCCAAAUAGAGAAGGAUACCAUAGGUAUGGUUGUUAAGCACAUUCCAUCUAUGGUCACUGAGGAGCGGCGGAUGCGACAGAUGCACAAUCUCAGUUAUGUUCACGGUGUCAUUGUCGCUGCAACCGUGUAUUUCGGAAUUGGCUUAACCAGCAUCUGCAUUGAUAUUUUAUCUAAAGCGAGUGGAACUUGCUCUUCAGAAGAGUGCUGUGCAUUUUGUAGCAUUCUCGAUCUACCCCUCUGUUCGUGCUGCAAUUGCUGUCUAUGUUUUUGCGAUUGCAAGUAUGUGAUGUCAGACACGGGUGCUACAUUUCUGGUCAAAGCAGAUGUUUUUAGUGAGCGUUCCAUCUGUCGCCACAUGAAACGGAAAGACCAAGUUGUAUCUCAGAUGUUCCUUCUGCUGCGUAGCGAGUUCUCUCGCCAGCGUCUUUUGAAGUACAAGCUGCAGACAGACCAAUUUCGCGUUCUGGAAUUUGCGAGUCUCCUUAUUCUCCACAAGGUCUUCAAGCGCCCGAUCUUUGCUAGUAAGUAUGCAAUCCGUGAUCUACCGCUUCUUGCAGAUUGCAUGGGUGCCUUAGAUCCGUUUCUUUCCGUCCAUACAGUCAGGGUGGCCCAGAAUCUUUCUGCGUUUUGCUCUGCAUUCCGAAAGGCUCUCCUAGACGUGCAUACAAGAGUUAUAGUCUUUGAGAUAGCAGACACAUGCCCUGCAAUCCUGGAUAUUCUUGUCGCCUUCACGGUAGUUUAUCCCUCUAAGGUUGAGACUGUGAAUGAGGACACAACUUAUAGCAUACAAACUUUCUCCGUAAAGACUCCACGGCCCUUAUCUCAGUAUCGCUUCAUAGUGACAUUCGAUAUUGACGGUGCCAAUCCUUUGGUGUAUUGCAUUGAGCCUGUAAUUGUCAAUCCAUCUAUUUUGCAAAUGGAUGUGUUAGAAUUUCCAUGGUAUGCCUUGUUACAGAAUGCUAGUAUCUCUGCUGGCACCCUUUCUAUGCACCGACCUUUUAGCUCCAAGGACGCUGAGGCCUCUAUUCUUCUGCAUAAGGAUACAAUACUUCAGCAGAUUAUUUGUCACUACAUUAAUGGAUACCACGACCGAGUUUUGGAGUAUAGAACUGCUAUUGUGGAGCUUGAAAGUGUAGUGGAGAGACAGCUACAGGUGUGCAUUGAGCAGUUGCAUGAAGUGGAGAGUACCAGCUAUACAGCAAAGGCAUCAGUAGUCUAUACGUGCUACAGGACAUACCUUGACCAGGUGGACACACUAUCUGCACUGUCCGAUAAAAACAAGGCUAUUCUCACAGAGCGGGCAAAGAUGGAGAACGACGAACAGAGCAAUCUCAAUGUUGCCACCAGAAUUAUUAUGGCCAUGAGCAACUAUCUGCUCCGCUUGGCCCUGAGCUACCCUGCUGUACUUUAUCCUCUGAUAUGUAUACAAUCCAAACCGUUCGCACAUGACACAGAUUAUGUAGAUUGCUCCCUUUUAUUUUUACUCGAGAUUGCUGAUAACUUGUAUAGAGCACUUCCACUAUCAAUCUUUCUCCCUGCCCUCAUAAUGGUUAUAAUAGUUUCUGAAAUUACUCGGGGAACAUUAACUCUGGAUGACUAUCAGCUCUUUAGCGCUGUUAUGCUAUCUGUAGGCAAGAUACCCACUAUCAACAGGGAAAAUAUUGAUGUCGCCUCUCCAUUCGGUCCCUACUAUGCCGUUCAGUUUGAUUCUUCUGGAAAGAUUGUGCUUACAUCAAAGGAGGCCUACUGCCUGGCUAUGCUCCGAAAAGCUCAUCCAAAAGUAGAUUUUUCCAUAUUCACCACACCACUGGUGGGAUCAGGAGAGGAGCCAUUGAGUAGUGCACACACUACAAGGAACAAUCUCAUGCUAUACAUCUUACGACAAUACUCCGAAAAGAGCCCCAAACACAUACACAAUUUUCUUAGGACACUGGGAGAGUCCUUCUAUUGCAAAAUCAUGGGUCUAGUAUGUUAUGGAACCGCCGGAGUGCAGACUACCACCAGUUCUAGACUAGCUUGUGCAUUCAAGAUUAAGCUUCCUGGGCCAUCUAUUGGACUAAUAACGAGAGUUGCUCAAUCUGCCUCACCGUCCAGGGUCGUGCUUCUGCUCACUGCCAACACCGUACAGACUGCAUAUGCGCUAUGGGCAACAGGCUUGUUUACUAUGUCAGCUUCUGUGCUAGAUGCAAGUACCCCCCAGGGGGCAGGAUUGAUUCUGUACCCAUGUGUCCCGAUACAUGCUUUAUCACGGCUUACAAAGGGAUCUGUUGGAGUAGCUGAUAUUAGUUUGGGAAUAACGACAAUCUCGGACAUAUGUUGUCUGCUAUCGCAAUUGUCCGCGUUAAGCACAGCGCAUCAAGCAGAUAACCUAUUAGUAUGGUCUGAUCGUCCGUUGGGGCUUCGUGCGCUGGUGGCCGCCAUCACCGUGCCUCUGAGAAUGCGCAAGAGGAGUUCAUGGCUCUUGUCUCCAUUGACACAGGUAGUGUGUACGGUUCAUACCGACCAAGAUCGCUUGAUGGAGAGGCUUAUAGUUGCUUCUAUAGCAAUAUGCAUGCGCUACCCCCUUCUAUUUAAUAAGCUGUCGUUUUUCUUCAACCGUUCUGAAGCUAUUCUCUCUUCAAACCAGUGGUAUUUUCAAUUAGUUCGAGCACGCUGCAAUCACGUGGUUACAAACAUGAAGCAAAUACAAAAACUCUGUAUUAAUGAAACAAACACACUAGAAUGCAUUGUGAGGUUUGCGCAUGGGUUCUCAUCAAUUAUAGAAAAGGCAAGCCUGCAUUCUUUCGUCUAUGCUUUUGACAAGCUGACCCUAGGGCUACAUGAUGAUGCUUAUAGGCAACCCCUUGCCUCUCUCUUUACUUUCAUGACCUUGCUACUGUUGCAGUUAAGCCCGAAUAGUGAUGAAGAUGGUUUUGUUUCUGCUUCUGAAAUGGAGCAAUCAGUGACGUGUACUGGGCAAAGCCUUUCUGCCCCGAUUCUGGAUAUGGCAAUAUUAAGCUCUAACGAUGCUCUGAUUAGUGAUUCUGUUGGUGGAACAACCUCCGAUGCCUACUCUUCUCGAGACGACUUUGCCACUUACUCUGAUAGAAUAAUUCGAUGUAUGCUAACAUUCACUACCCUUCCAGAUGCGCGACUACUUACAUCCUCAGUCCAUCAGUUGCGCCAAUCCCCUGUUCAAGCAUCAACCCUGGCACAUUCUCUCCUGGAGGAACUAGUUGCUUCAUCACAACAAGAUCAGCAGACUUCUCCAGAGAAACGUCUAGUUACACCUGUGCAGGCUCAAAACUGCGGUGUAUACCUCUUACAAGACGAUUGCGUGGUAGCUCCUCUGAAUGAGAAAAACGCUGCCGAUGCAUAG